ACUCCUGUCUGCGGGCCCCCAGCCCACUUCUCUCCAGCCACCCACCAUCAACACUCCCCCGGGUGCCAUGCAGCUGCCACCCUUUGACAUGUGGAAGGACUACUUCAACCUGAGCCAGGUGGUGCUGGCACUGAUCCAGAGUCGGGGGCAGGGGCUGGAGACCCAAGGGACUGGGGAGCCGAGACCCGGGCCCCAUGUGGAGCAGGAUCAGGGGCAGGGAGGACGGGGGACUGGCGGGGGCCUGGCCACCCUGUGCAACUUUUGCAAACACAAUGGAGAGUCUCGCCACGUGUACUCCUCACACCAGCUGAAGACCCCGGAGGGCGUGGUGGUGUGUCCCAUCCUGCGGCAUUAUGUGUGUCCCCUGUGCGGGGCCACCGGGGACCAGGCCCACACGCUCAAGUACUGCCCGCUCAACGGGGGGCAGCAGUCUCUCUAUCGCCGCAGUGGGCGCAACUCAGCCGGCCGCAAGGUCAAGCGCUGAAGACCGUCAGGUACCCACCCGCAGCAGCCCCAACCCUCCCUGGUUCAGCCCUCCCAAGCCCCUGGACUCUCCCCAUCUCUGGACUCUUCCGGCCCUUUGGAACGUCUGACUCUCAGUACUCGAUCCCUGCUGGAUCCUGGAACAACGCAGGCAGUGGGAAGGCAGGCCAGCUCUGCCGCCCCUUAGAACUCUCAGCUCUCGGGACUCUGUCUGGGAGUGUUUGUGGAUUCUCCGGUGCAGCGGGAUCCCCUACUCCUUGGACCACACAGCCCUGUGGCUCCUCCUGGGCCACAGUCCAUGGAUCUUUAGUUCUUCUGGGACGCUUGCCCUGCCUCUGACUUCUCAGUCCUCAGGGUUCCAUUCCUUGGGGAAUUCUUGGACCGUCGGGCUUGCAGGACUCCGCUGUGUUCUCCCAGGGACACCCCUGAGAAUCUGGAGAGAGUCAACAGGCUGGCGUGGACCUUCCAGCACAAGAACUUCAACAUGGGAUUCUGACUUAAACCAGCCUUCUCCGCCUCCUUCGGGCCACCGGCAGACCCAUCGUUUCAUCGUGGACGGCACCGGAUGGGUCCCGCCCUCAGCAUCCUAUCCAUCAAGAGCUGGGGGAAGGAGCGGUCACGUUAGAGGGACACCACGUCUUCGCAAGCUUGUCUGGGGCUGGAGAGCCUUGGGGUGAGCCAGUACCCUUGAACUCCCCCCACCCCCGCUGUUCUUCCCAUCGUUCAUUCCUUUUAC